AUGGUGAUCUCCGACAACCGUGCCGAUUCUCAAGCAAAGAUGCAAAAGAAACUAGAAGAAGGCCGCAAGAAGGCAAGUGAAGAAGAGGAGAGGAAGAAGAAGGAGCGGGAAGACGAGGAGAAGAAGCAAAAGGAGAAAGAGAGUGCAAGGCAGGCACGGGUUCAGAACCGGUAUUUCUUUGCCCUGUUAAUGAGGAAGGAGUCAUGA